AUGGAUGGGACCGGGUCUAAGGAUCUCACCAUUGUGCAUGAGAUAACCAUCGACCAGAUUGGAUUCGAGCCCGAAGGUGUUGCUAUACCUUCUGCAGUGGAGAGGUUUCUGCUGCAUGUGUGCUUGACGGAACCGUCGAUACGGCCGUCGCCCCCCUUUGAAAUAUUAGAUCUUGGCGAGAUUGAAUCCAUUGGCGCAACUAACAGGCUUGCCAGCAUCAGGCGGUUUAUCGCGUUGGCUGUUAAAGUUACUCUCGUCUGUUAUUCUGUUGUUGAUAAUCCUUCUUCCGUGGUAUUUAUCAUCUUUGGCUACAUUCUCAGCGCAGGUGCGCUUACGGAUCAUUCAAAAGUUAGUACGGCUGCUAAGGCGAGACGUGCGAUGGGCGAACGUGAUUUAGCCAAGCCUAGCAAAGACUUCGGGAAGAAUAUGGCCAAAAUCGAGACUAGUAUGAGGGCCUGCAAGGCGUGGAUUGAUAAGGCAAGGUCUUGUGGUUAUCAUGAACCUACCUAUAGUACGGACUACUUCUCUGUUCCGAGAAUGCAACUAUAG